AUGGUCCAGCCCCAGAGCGCGCGCGCCGGCGCCCCCGGCGCCCCCGGCGCCGCCCCCGCGCCCGGCGCCCCGGCGGACGACGCGGCGGACACCCUGACCGCGCUGCGCCUCACCAACUCCGCGCUGCGGCGCGAGGCCUCCUCGCUGCGCGCCGAGAGGGCCAGCCUCACCAGCAUGCUGGACAGCGUGAUGGCCGAGCUCGCGCUGCUGCGCACCCGCGCGCGCAUCCCCGGCGCGCUGCAGAUCACGCCGCCCGUGUCCGCCAUGGCCGCCGGCGGCGCGCGGCCGCCCACCACGCCGCCCACCUCGCUGCCCGAGCCCUGCGGGGACCCGGGCCAGCUGGCCGGCUUCCUCAUGCAGAUGGACCGCUUCAUGAUCUUCCAGGCCUCGCGCUUCCCGGGCGAGGCCGAGCGCGUGGCCUUCCUGGUGUCGCGCCUGACCGGGGAGGCCGAGCAGUGGGCGAUCCCCCACAUGCAGCCCGACAGCCCGCUGCGGAACAACUACCAGGGCUUCCUGGCCGAGCUGCGCCGGACCUACAAGUCCCCGCUGCGCCACGCGCGGCGCGCCCAGAUCCGCAAGACGGCGGCCUCCACGCGCGCCGUGCGCGAGCGCCAGGGGCGGUGCCGCCAGCUGGCGGCCGCGGGCGCGGGGCCCUGCCCGGUGCACCCCGCCUCCCACGGGCCCGGCCCGGCGCCGGCCCUGCCCACCCGCGCUCGGAACCUGUAG